GCUCAGGGUGGUGGUGGUGGUGUCCCUGCACUGGGGACUGCAGGAGCCCGCUCCAGCAGCAGCACAGCCCGGGCCACUGCCGCUGCUGCAUCCGCCGCCGCCGCCGCCGCCGGGGGUGGUGGUGGAGGCAGCGGCGGCGCCAGUCAGGGGGCCGGCUCCUUGACUCCUCCUCCGCAACAGCAGCAACUCUCCCCGGCAGAGCUGGCCGCGCUGUGCCCCGGGCAACCGCUGCAGGCCAUCCACUCGCUGCUGCAGCGGCACCGCGCCUCCGCGGCGCUGCCCCCGCCGCCCACCUGCACCCUCAGCGACGCCACCACCGGGCUGAUGCAGGGGGUGGACAUGCAGGGGCUGCACAGAUGUGUCCACAUCCACGCCUGCCUGGGUCUCCUGCCCUCCUUGCGCCGCACCUACCUGCAGCAGCGCCGCCUGCAGAUCCGCACCGACCUGGCGCCCCCGCCCAACUUCCUGGAGGGAUAUCAGGCCUACCUGGCGCAGGUUGUGGGUUUCUUCGUGGUAGAGGACGCUGUUCGCAGCUGCUGCCCCCCGCUGCUGCCCCCCGGCUCUUCCUCCUCCGGCCCCUCCUCCUCCUCGGAGCCCGACAGCGGCUCGUUGCUGUGGGAGGAGGCGGCGGGGGGACUGCGGGGGGUGCUGGCGCGGGCGCUGGAGGAGGCGCUGAGUGGGGGUGCACCCGCUAGCAUCAUGCUGCUGCUCAAGGACUUCAUGCUGCUGGUGUGCUCGGCGCUGGGCACCCGCGGCUUCACCACGGCACCCAUCAUGGAGCUGUUGGUGGCCAGCCGGCAGCGCUACCACGAG